AUGCCUUCAUUGUUACAGGUGAAGUCUAAAUUUGAUUCGGAAUGGAGAAGGUUUUCUCUGACAGCAGGAAGUCCAGAAGUGUACUCGUAUGACAGUUUUCGAGCUCUCGUGGAAAAGUUGCACCAUCUCGAGAGCGUUCCUUUCACGCUAUGUUACAAUUCUGCUGGAGGAGAUCUGCUCCCCAUAACAAAUGAUGAGGCAAGUAAUCUUCGUAAAUCGUUCGAGUCCGCUCGCCCAACCCUUCGUCUACUUAUCCAACGAAAAGGCGAGUCCUGGGAAGAGAAGUACGGCUACGGUACAGAUAGUGAUAGGAGGAGGAAGGGUCUUUCUGCACUGAUACCUGUGCAAAAAGCGCCUAGAAGGAAUUAUUCGAUCUCUAAUCCCGAGGAUUUCCGUCAGGUUUCUGCCAUCAUUGACGUUGAUAUUGUGCCUGAAGCUCAUCGUCGGGUACGACUAUGCAAGCAUGGGUCGGAUAGGCCGCUUGGGUUCUAUAUCAGAGAUGGAACGUCGGUCCGUGUGACAGAACGUGGUGUAGCAAAAGUGCAGGGUAUAUUCAUAUCUCGUCUCGUAGAUGGUGGUCUAGCCGAAUCCACCGGUCUUCUAGGUGUUAAUGACGAGGUACUUGAAGUGAAUGGAAUAUACGUGCAAGGCAAAACUCUUGAUCAAGUCACUGACAUGAUGGUUGCAAAUGCGCAUAAUCUCAUCAAUCCACGUAAAACCAGCCAACCAGCGGAAUACACUUCAACGAAGCACCUCGGGGAGGUCAGCAGUACCAGCUCUAGAUCCUGA